GCAGCCGCACCGCCAGCAGCAGGGCAGGGCAGGGCAGGGCAGGGCUGGCUCCCCCGCGCCGCCGAACCACCCCCCAGACGGCAGUUUUGGGGGGCUUUCCGGGGGUUCGUAUCUGAGAUUUUUUUCCGGGUUUGUUUUUUUGCAGCCCCCUCCUUCCCCUCUUGGCUUUCUCUGGGCCGCCCCGGCUCACCCCUUUUCCCCAGCGGGGGCCGCCGGGCAUGGAGGGGGCGGCGGGAGCCCGGCGAGGCGGACACCGCUGAAACGCGCCCGGCUCCGAGUCCUGGGGUCGCCGGCGGGACCCCCAUGAGCGGCUGAGCGGGGCCGGUGCCCCCCGCCCGUCCAUGGGCGCGCUGGAGCCGGGCACCGGAGCCCCCCGCCCCGCCGUCCCUAUGCUCAGCGGCACCGGCAGCUUCGCCAAGGAGCCGCCAGGCCCCCCGGACGCCGCUGCCUACUACGGUGAUGGGGGAGCACCGGAGCCGGGAACCCCCUCUUUGCCCUACGGUGCUCCCGGUGGUUUCGGUGGCCGGUUCCUGGGGCCGUGCCCGCCUUACCGGGCCCCGCCGCCUCCCGCCGCCGCCCCGGUGGAGGGUUACGCGGUGGAGGGUUACGCGGGGUACCCGGGUGCGGAGGACACGUACGGCCCCGGGGCCGGUCCGCUGUGCCCCCGCGGCGGGCACCUCUGCGCCCUGCCCGGGUACCGGGCGGCCGGUAAGGUGCAGGUGAUGCUCAACAACUACCCGCUCUGGGCCAAGUUCCACAAGCAUCAGACCGAGAUGAUCAUCACCAAGCAGGGCAGGCGCAUGUUCCCUUUCCUCAGCUUCAACCUCUCAGGGCUCAACCCCGUGGCCCACUACAGCGUCUGCGUGGAUGUGGUGCUGGUGGAUCAACAUCACUGGCGCUACCAGGGCGGCAAGUGGGUGCAGUGUGGCAAAGCCGAGGGCAACAUGCCAGGUAACCGCCUCUACCUACACCCUGACUCACCCAACACGGGUGCCCACUGGAUGCGGCAGGAGGUCUCCUUUGGGAAGCUGAAGCUCACCAACAACAAGGGUGCAUCCAACAAUGUUGGCCAGAUGAUCGUGCUGCAGUCGCUGCACAAGUACCAGCCCCGGCUGCAUGUGACAGAGGUGAAGGAGGGUGAGGGUGAGGAGGGGUACCCCUCUCCACACACCCACACCUUUGCCUUCCCUGAGACCCAGUUCAUCGCUGUCACAGCCUAUCAGAACGCUGACAUCACCCAGCUGAAGAUCGACCACAACCCCUUCGCCAAAGGCUUCCGGGACAACUUUGACUCGAUGUACGCAGCCUCGGAGGGCGACCGUCUCACCCCAUCCCCGCCGGAGGGUCUCGGCUGCCAGCAGCUCCUGCCGGCACCGCGCUUCCAGCCCUUCCUGCCCGAGCAGUACUCGCUGCCCCCUGGCCGCUUCUUCGGUGGGGAGCGGGGGGCUCCCCUGCCCCUGCCCCCCAAGGACCCCCCGCGCUGGUACUUCACCCCCCAGCAGCCGCCUGCCGCCGGGCCACUGGACUACGGCGGCUACGAAGCGGGAUACGGGGGGGGCAAGCUGGUGCCCUACGGCGUGAAGCCCUUUGCCCUGCCGCCUGCCCCCCACCACCCUCCCUUGCCCUACUACCCCGAGGGGCCGGGGGGCUUCGCGGCGGGAGGAGGCUGGAGCCCCGGGCAGUAUGGCCCCAAGGGCAGUCCCGGGGCCCUGGGCUGGUACCGGGAGCCGCGGGAGGAGAAGGGGAAGGAGGCGGAGGGCUGGGCCCCCGAGCCCCCCGCCCCCACUUCAGGCGACUCCUCGGACUCGGGGCUGUACGAGUGCAAACGGCGGCGGGUGUCCCCGUACCCCUCCAGCACCGAGAGCUCCCCCCAGCCCCGCAACGGGGACUUCUACGAUAAGGACCCAGGUACCGACAGCGGCUACUACGGCUUCUACGGCAACUGAGCCGUGCUGAGGGGGGUUGAGACACCCCCCCUAGUCCGGGCACCUCAAAGCAAGGGGUCCUGUGUGUUUCCCUCUAUUUAACACCCAUAUCCUGGGAAGACUUGAGCAGUGGAGUAGGGGAUGCA